UGUCUGCACGCUUCCUGUCCAUCCCCCCACCCGCACGCCUCUCCCCUCCUAAAACUCAUAUUGAUUCAGCCCCUGGGCGAAGCAUCACCUUCAGCUGUCAGAGCCCACCGAGCAGAAGCAACAUCAGCACCAGCAGCAGCAUCAGCAUCAGCAUCCACUCCAUCAGAGAGCCCCUUUAGCCCUUCAUCUGGAUCCCCCCCAUAGGGGACAAGAGAGGGAGGGUGGGGGGAAGGCUUCAUCUCUGGUAGGUGGGAGAAGGUUGCACCUUUCCCAUAAGACACAAGGCGGUGGAUGUGGCUCUGAUCGUCUCGGCAAAUCCUUUCCAGCAGCUGGUGGCGCUCCGGUCUCCCUGGAUACACAGCAUCCCUCCGUACCACUCAGCGCCCCCCCCCCCCCCUGCCUUGGGGUAAAAUCCGGAGGGCAGGAUGUCUGGUGUCAGCCCCAUCUCCCGGAUCCUCUCCCCUCUGCUUCUCCUGGCUACCGUACAAGGACUGCCCCUGCUGGAUGAGGAGAGUACAGACAUCCCAGAACUGCUGCACACAGCGUCCAUGGGGCGCUCGGACCCCGUCUCCCUGGAGCGGCUGGUACAUCAGGCUGUGAUGAAGAAAGAUUUCCUGGGUCAGGAGAGCUUCUUUGCGGUUGGCACCACCCCCAUCCCCACCCUGGGCGCCCCCGUGGCGUUGACCGAUGACCUGGCUCUGGCAGGGGUCAGCGAGACCUCCGGGGUCCUCACCACAGCCGUGGGUGGGGCUUUCUCUCUGCCGCCACCUCUCAGUACCCUGACCCCUCCAUCACCGGCACCCACAGGAGGCCCGGGGCCCUCUGCCGAGGGGGAGGAGGAGACGACCACCACCCUGAUCACCACCACCACCGUCACCACGGUACACAGCCCCGUUUUGUGUAACAACAAUAUUUCGGAGUUAGAGGGUAUUCUGGAGGCUCCGGAAUACUCUGGUGGAAGUUUCUUUGGUGGUCUGGACUGUACAUACAGCGUGUCCGUGUACCUCGGCUAUGGAGUGGAGAUUCGGGUGGAGAAGCUGAACUUGUCCAAAGAGGAGGCUCUGAGCAUCGAGGGCGUGGAAGAAGACCGCCGCUUCCUGCUGGCCAAUGAGACCCUGAUGGCUGAGGGUCAGGUGAUCCGUAGCCCAACCAAUCACAUUGCAGUACGCUUCCAAACCUAUCGUGUCACCAGCCCAGGAGCCUUCAAACUGCGCUACCAAGCCUACGUCCUGAGCUGUGUCUUCCCUCCGCGACCGGAUAACGGAGAAGUAACUGUCACGGACCUCCACCCUGGAGGAACCGCAAACUUUCACUGUGCCCCUGGGUUCACGCUGAAGGGUGUAGACUCCCUGGUCUGCCUGAACAUUACCCGCCCGCAAUGGAGUGGCAAAGCGCCAGUAUGUGCAGCAACUUGCGGAGGUGUCAUACGUAACGCCACCAUCGGACGCAUUGUGGCCCCCGAUGUCACCGCAAUCCACAGCAACAACCUGAGCUGCCAUUGGCUGAUUGAGGCGUCUGAAGGACAGCGGCUGCAUCUGCAUUUCGAGAGAGUCUCUUUGGAUGAAGACAAUGACAGGUUGGUGGUUCACUCUGGUAGCUCCACCCUCUCCCCAUUGAUCUACGACUCUGAUAUAGAUGAUGCCCCGGAGCGGGGUCUGCUGAGCGAUGCCCAAUCUCUUUACAUCGAGCUGGUCUCGGAGAACCCAACUGCACCUCUUCUGCUCAGCCUGCGCUAUGAAGUGUUUUCUGAGACGCGGUGCUAUGAGCCUUUUUUGGCCCAUGGGAACUUCAGUUCCACAGACCCCCUCUUCUCUGUGGGCACCCUGGUUUCCUUCUCCUGUAAUGCGGGGUACAUGCUCGAACAAGGCCCGCCGGUCAUAGAGUGCGUGGACCCGGCGGAUCCCCACUGGAAUGAGAGUGAACCGGUCUGCAAAGCGCUGUGCGGGGGAGAGAUCUCUGAGCCAGCUGGGGUAAUCCUUUCUCCAGAUUGGCCCCAGAAUUAUGCCAAGGGCCAGGACUGCGUGUGGGGUAUCCACGUUCAGGAGGAUCGCCGGGUUCUGCUGGAGAUAGAAAUUCUCAACAUCCGACGGAGCGAUGCCCUGACGGUAUAUGAUGGUGAUGACCUCACAGCACGCGUGUUGGGACAGUAUAUGGGAGUCCAUCAACGCUUCAACCUCUUCUCUUCAGCUAACGAUGUGACUAUCCAGUUCCAGUCUGACCCCAAUGACCCGGUGUUCAGCCUAAGUCAAGGCUUCAUUAUCCACUUCAAAGAGGUGCCCCGGAAUGACACCUGCUCAGCGCUGCCUGACAUCCAGUCCGGCUGGAAGACGUCAUCGCACCCAGACCUUAUCCGCGGCACAGUCGUCACCUAUCAGUGUGAACCCGGUUAUGACAUCAUUGGCUCAGACAUUCUGACCUGCCAAUGGGAUUUGUCCUGGAGCAAUGCCCCUCCCACCUGCGAGAAGAUUCUGAACUGUGCGGACCCCGGGGAGAUCGCUAACGGCAUCCGCAGGGCAUUCGAUCCACGGCUUCCUAUUGGCUCUCAUGUGCAUUAUUCCUGCAACGAGGGCUACACGCUGGAAGGCAGUGAGAUACUCACUUGUUACAACAGAGAUACCGGAACCCCCAAAUGGAGCGACCGCAUCCCCAAAUGUGUCUUGAAGUACGAGCCGUGUCUGAACCCCGGAGUGCCAGAGAAUGGCUACCAGACCCUCUACAAGCACCACUACCAGGCGGGAGAGGCCCUGCGCUUCUUCUGUUAUGAAGGCUUCGAACUGAUCGGAGAAGUGACCAUCAUCUGCGUCCCGGGACACCCAUCACAGUGGACCAACCAACCCCCUCUCUGUAAAAUUGCCUAUGAGGAGCUCCUGGAUGACAGGAAGUUGGAAGUUGCCCAGACAACAGACCCCUCCCACCAGAUGGAGGGUGGGAACAUCGCGCUCGCCAUUUUCCUGCCUAUUAUAUUGGUCAUCCUUCUGAUUGGCGGAAUAUACAUCUAUUACACAAAGUUUCAAGGAAAGUCUCUUUUUGGAUUCUCCUUCCCAGCUUCCCAUUCUUACAGUCCCAUCACCGUGGAGUCCGAUUUCAACAACCCAUUAUAUGAGGCUGGGGAUACCCGGGAAUAUGAGGUGUCAAUUUGAAGAUGAACUAUGGGUACAACAUGGGGCGGGUGGGGUUAUACAUGAGGGAUAUUCCAAAUUAUACACAGACUGAGGGUCUCAAUUUUACAGAUCGCAAUCACAAGCUGCACAGUCCCUCACCGUGCGAUCGUCUGUCAUGUGACCUUUCACCAUCAGCCACAGAGUUCUAAACACCUGCCCUUCUCCUUUUAAAAAAAAAAAAAAGGAGCCACCGUCUUGGCGAAGACCACGAUUGGCUCCGCCUCCUUGAAAUAGCACAGGAAGCUCUUCUGACCAAUUGUAAAAAGAGAAAAAAUAAAUUGAUUGCGGGGAAUCACUUGGCUCACCAGGACAAAAUCUUGGACCUUUUUGUCACGCUGGGUGCCGAUCUCUAAGAAAAUUACACGCGUUGUCCGCCACCCUCUUCCGUAUUCCGCCUCGAUUUACGGCAACGUGAUGGAAACCCCCCCCCCCCCUAUGUGACGAAACCAUUGUGCUUGUGUUAAACAUUUUUGUAAGUGCCAAAUUUUUGGUUAAUUUUUUUUUUUUUGAUAUUUCGAAGCACAACUCCAUAAAUGGGGAGGUGUGUUCGUUUUGGACUUUUUAAAACUUUCAAUUAUGUUUAUGGGGAAAAAAAAAAAGUGUUGUAAAAACGUAAAAAAAAAAAUUAUAUAAAAAAAAAAAAAUCAGGGAGAUAUUUGACCUGUACAUAUAGAUAGAAUUCACUCUUGGUCUCCAAGAACAUGGCUGCCCUUGCCCAGCUCCAAAACACGCUUGUUGGUGUCGCGUCUGUUUAAAACUCUGUGCCUUCACCCAUUCCGAUCUCUCCAUCGUUCAUCACCCCCUGUCAAAUGUCAUUUGUGCCAAAGUAAUAAUGCGAUGUCUGUUGCUCCAGAGGGAGUUACUUCGAAAAAACCAUGAAGCCAUUAAAAAAAAAAAACCUCCAGCGUCCAAGUCCGUUGGCCAGCCCCCAUUGUCACACAGUGUUGCUCUUUUCACUGUUCCUCUGCCAGAAUGGGUCAGAGAUUAUCGCUCAGCUGUACAGCUUCAUCACACUUCCAUUUUUAUUUUUUUAUUAUUAUUUAUUGGUUGAAUCAACUUUGUCCAGGAGAUUCAAACAAGGCCAACAAAAACUGCGCUACGGAGCGCCUGAAAAUGGGCGUGUUUAAAUCUCCCCCGCAUUGUCUGUCUUCGUCACCUUUUGCUUCUUGAACUUGCUUUAUUUUCAGGCAAUAAAGAGCGAGAUUUGUAAAA